AUGACAUCAGGUGGAAUCGUACAACCAGGCCAAAAUCUCUCACAACGUCCAAUAAACGGCCAAUAUGGCUGGGGACCAGCAGCAGGAAGUGCCGCAAAUCCACGUGGCGAUCUCCGUGGUUACACUUACAAUAUUAGAUAG